CGUCACAAGUACCAAAUCGUCUCAAUUGUGAAAUUAUAGUUAACCAUAGUGGCACAUGCUUUUGUUCGCUUCCGUGGCGGUUGGAUGUGUGUUCUGUAACUACGCAUAUUUUUUAAUCGUAGGCACUGCGUACGCGUUGUCCGUUUUUCUUUUAUCUUCAUAAUCGUUGACUGGCAUAGGGGAUAGAAUGUAACAGCUUUGCCCAGCAGCGAUGUCAGAUACAAUAUAUUGCGACGCUACAACGCAUGCGUGAGAUGACGUAGGCUCUAUGCCAAUGAUGGCAAUAAAGCGCAUCGCAGGGUCCAUGAAGGGGCCCGCGCUAUCCGAUCAGCUGUCUUCCAGGGCGUCCAGUUAUAAUACGGACGCUAUAAUACCUUAAAAAGGAUACGAUACUGGGGCUUUUUACUCAAGCAGCGAGCUACGUCAUCUCACGCAUGCGCUGUAGCAUACGUAAUAUAUUGCAUCUGACAUCACUGUUGCCCAGAGCCAUUUAUGAUACCAGAACCAGAAUAGUAGGCACAUGCGAGCUGUAAACAGUAAACACGUGUGUUCACCGGUAUAUAGUUAGAUCAGAGUGAAUAGCGUAUUAAAUAAGGCCGAGGAGAUUAUUCGUCAGCCAGUAAAAGAAAAGGAAAAAAAUAAGAGAACGUUAGAUUCUCGACAAACCGGCCGAUGACCGGUUAUACACACAUGAAAAUAACAUAACCAACAACGACAGUAGAAAAAGGAAAGAAGGAAGGCAAUCAUGAGUUCCUAUACCAUACACGACGUCAAGUUUUACAAUCCAGAGCCGAGAUCCGUUACGUGCAUGUCCCAUGAACCAGUCACAAAGAAAUUGGCUAUUGUGAGGAACGACAAUUCUAUAGAAAUAUGGAACAUCACGAGUACACCGUUCGUCGAGUGCACUAUAGCUGGUUGUACGGAGAACUCAGUGGAGAGCAUACUCUGGAUCGGCUCGAGGCUGUUCUCGACCGGUCUGCAUGGUGCGGUGGUUGAGUACGACUUAACGACCCUGAGAGCCAAGUACAGCAUCAUGGUUAUAGGAGGUGCAGCCUGGUGCAUGGAUGUAAAUCCUGAGAAAAGCCGCUUGGCUGUCGGUACAGAGGAUGGGUAUAUCAAUACCUUUGCUGUACAAGAGGAGAAAUUAAUUUAUGAGAGGAUAUUCGACAAGCAGAAGGGUAGGAUUCUAUGCAUCAAAUGGGAUAAAACAGGUGAAAUGCUUUAUACAGGUUCUACAGACACCGUCAGGGUAUGGAGCGCAGUGUCUGGUCAUGCGAUACACAAAAUGACGACUUUCAGGAGUAAUAAUAAGAAAGAGACCAUAAUCUGGUGUCUAGUGGUCACCAACGACAAUGUCAUCGUUACCGGCGACUCUCAGGGUUUCCUGUGCUUCUGGGAUCCUCACAUGGGGGUGAUGAUCGAGUCCCAUGAAAGUCACGCUGCUGACAUAUUGGCCAUCGCCUUGUCGCACGACGAGAACGUCAUGUAUUGCGCGGGCGUGGACCCGAUCGUGAAGACGUUCGGCAAGCUCAAGCAGAAAUACAGCGACAGGUCACAGUGGGUGAAAGGAAUCGAGAGGAGGUUGCAUAUUCACGACGUUCGAGCUCUCGUAGAGAGCAAGGGAAAACUCUAUUCAGCUGGAGUGGACGGAUACUUGACUGUUUCGAGUUAUCCGCCCAAGGUUAUAGUAAAGUACCCUCCUCUAUUUCAACCACCGUGCGUCGCGAUCUGUCCGAAGAGUAGGUGCAUCUUGUUGCGAUACUUAAACUUCCUUGAACUCUGGAGACUGAACCCAAACACCAAACACGACUCGUUGGAAUCGAGCAGUGCGUCCAUGUUGGAUGCUUUAGACGACACGCCCAUCAAGCUGCUACGAUUAGAAACAAAGGGCGGCGAGAAUAUCAUCUCUUACGCCAUCAACAAGGACUCCAAGACGAUUGUAUACUCGACGGACACUCACGUGAGGGUUUUCAACUUUGACGUAGUGGAGGGAGACGUACAAUUGUCCAGAAACGACACCGACCUGCCCAUGAAGCGAAUACAGAAGUUGCUGUUCAGCCCGAACGGCAAGCUGCUGGUCACCGUCAACAACGACGGUGACGGCAACACGGUAACGUUAUUCAAAGUGGACAAGAAGAGUCUGAGGAAAAUCGGUUCGUUCCAGACGACGAAUGAGUCGAUCUCGAAUGUUGGGCUGGUGUGCUUCUCGCCGGACAGCAAGUACCUCGCGCUUGCGGACCUCGAGCAGAGGAUCGCCGUUUACUUCAUCGGCAAAGUCGUCGAUCCCGAGUCGCUGCAGGCACAGACGUUACCCAAGUACGAGUAUCCGCCGACGGCGAUGGCGGUGCAGAAGAAGACCCUCAAUCUAAUCGUGGUGUAUUCCGAUCACACGAUCGUUGAGUAUAAUAUACCGAACGCAAAGUUCACCAUCAUUUCCGACAACCUGCGGAAAAAUCUGAAGAAACAGUGGUUUGCGCGGCAAUACCCGAUAAUCAACAUCAUGUUUGAUCCACACGAAGAAGACAUCAUCAUAAUGCAGGACGAGUCGUGUAUAUAUGUUGUCGAAAAGAUCAGCGAGCCCGAGCAGAAGAAGCCAAAGCUCGCGAUGUGCAAGAAAGGCAAGUUCACGGGGAAGACCAGUUCGCCGGCAAGCUGGCAAACGAAUUAUGGAUUCCGAAUAAUCAAGAAGUACAAGCAUCUCGUCAGCUUAAAUUGGCUGAACGACAAGGAAUUGGUCAUGGUCGAGGUGAACCCAACCUCGUUGACGAAGAACUUACCACCCACGUUGAAGCAGAAGUUCUUCGGCGUGUAAACGUUGUGUACUUGACGAUGUGAUAAUCAUUUUAACACGUUCCAUGCCGCGCGCAUGUGCCACCGCUCUUGUCCACGUUGAACUUUCCGUCAUCGGGCCGUUUGAUGUUUUCCUCUAAAAUGAAACAUAAUCGUAAAAUACUUUUAUAAUCACAGCUCUGUUCCGCAAUUAUAUUAGUACGACUCUGAUUAUAUCUCUGAUAUAUUAUUUAAUAAAUGAUGUGGCACAUAUUUGACGAGUCAAAUUUUACUCGCGACGCAACGUGAGAACGUCGCCGGGGCGUGAACGACACGAAGUUACGUGAAAUCAAUUCGGCACAGAGCCGAGUUAACGGGUUUUUUAAUAAAAAUAAAAGAUC